GACAAUGUUGCCAGCAAAAAAAUAAUUUUGUCUUUCUCACACCUUUCGCAGGCAGUAGCUACCCCAUCUUGGUGAAGCAAUGGACGUUCAGCCAGUACAUAGGUUUUGCAGAUUUGUUUAUAUAUCCGUGAAUCGCGUUCGUAAACUUUUGUGACCACUUUUAAAAUCUUUCCCAAACAAAAAUAAUGUGGUGCGCGCAUAAUUUAGCGGUUGAAACGUUGGGGUUUUCCUGAUUUCAACACGUCUUAUUAUCGCCUUAGGAUGGUUUUAGUCCGACUAUACAAUUGAUUAUUACUUUACCCGAGUCCUUAUAUUUUCGUAACCUUAAUGUUUUUCAAUCGUUUCUCCCUUGAUAUAUUUAACUUUUAGUGACUUUUUGGUGUGUUUAAGUUGUCGCCGUGGUAGUAUUUAACGAUUACUUAGUAGUGUAAAGGGAUAUUUUUUGCAUUGGUACAAAAUGGUUUCAUUGAACUAAUAGUAUAGCAUCGCGUAUAUAAAGCCAUGGCACUGUGCGAGAGCCAACUGGAAACAGCUAUGCACAUAAAUGGAACCGAGUCUGCAGAUGAGCAGACCUCGCCGGAGAAGAAGAGGGAGCCCAAUGGAGACAUAUAUGCGCCCCCCCUCCCAAUGAGUGUGGACUACCGCUCCCCCGUGUCUCACUUCGUUCCUCCUGCGGUGGAACUGUACGCCAAUAGACACAAACCGGAAAUCAAUGUUGCGGCCGCGUCGAACGUUACCCCCCCUCCCAUUAAAAGGAAGAGGGGGAGGCCAAGGAUCGACAAGACAAGCCCAGAGUACUUGGCCAACUUGGCAGCAAGGAAACAGGCAAGAGAAAUGGCCGCAGUAAUGAAUAACCGACCAGAUACAGGAGAAAAACGCAAGCGAGGACGCCCACGCGUGGACAAAACUAGCCCAGAAUACUUAGCUAGGAAACGGGCUAGGGAAAUGGAAGCCCUGGAAAAGAAGGCCAAGAGAGAAUACAGACGGCGAGCCACGGGAGCGAAAAUCGUGAAAACGACAAUUGCGAUACCUUCGAACUCGACGACGUCGCGUGUUGUAAAAAAAAUGCCGUCGAAUAAGAUGGGCACUAUGAGAAAAGUGGUCCAGAAGGUUCCCCAAAAAGUGGCCCAGAAAGUUUCCCAAAGAGUGGCCCAAAAAGUUCCCCAAAAAGCGGCCCAGAAAGUUCCUCAAAAAGUGGCCCAGAAAGUUCCUCAAAAAGUGGCCCAGAAAGUUCCUCAAAAAGUGGCCCAGAAAGUUCCCCAAAAAGUGGCCCAGAAAGUUCCUCAAAAAGUGGCCCAGAAAGCGCCCCAGAAGAUUGGCACGGUACGAAAAGUGGGGGAUAAAAAAAUAAUUAUGAGACGAAACGCGAAAUUUUUGAAACGUAAAGACUCGGCCGCAUCGUCGUCCGCCGGCGAGUCGACUCCGCGCGUAAAACGCAAAUACACCAAAAGGACUCCGAGUGCUAAGAAAGAUUCCGCGGGCAAUCCAGAACGAGUGAAGGGCAAGCGGGGAAGGCCGAGGAAGAUUGUGGCGGACCAAAGACAACAGCCGCAAGGAAAGAUCCGCGUGCGUAACAACUUGAUGCCCCUCAACUCGGAACCUAUCACCGUAGACAGCGACGAUGAACCGGAUUUGGGAUCACCAAGCCAAGCAUCGGACUCCCUGAGUCUGGAUGAAAACCUGCGUGCCCUGAGACAUAUACACGAGAAAUACGCCAAUAUUGAUAAGGACGACCUAUACGGCGCGCACCUUCUUGCGGCGCAAUUCAAAAAACCACCGAUGGACCAAGUGCAGAGACUGAAUAAAGACGAAAGCGACGAAGUUUUAUCCAUUAGGAGCUCAGAGGGAGGAGCGUCAGUGAAGGAAUUAGAUGCGCCAGUAGAGAAGUUGGAAGAUAGUUCCAAUUCUGACUCCGGCAGCAGUAGCUCUGGAUCGGGUAGUUCCUCAUCAUCAUCUUCCUCAUCAUCAUCAGACAGCUCCAGCUCCUCGGACAGUUCUGACAGCGAGUCUGAUGAUGAAGGGAAACAAAAGAAUCAGGACCCACCUUCAGUCACCAAUCCCGAGGAAGACAGCACUUCCUUCGGCGCAUGGUCCUACGGCCCAACAUCCGGUACAAACUCGGAAUCAGAUUCCGAUUCGGACCCGGAACGGACCGCGGCCGCGAUCGGACCGGCGCCGGCGCAGGACGAGAUCAGCGAAUCGGAAAACGAAUCCGCUGACAAGAGCUUCCAAUGCCAUGUCUGUAGAAAAUGGUAUUCUACGAGGGUUACUCUCAAAAUCCAUAGACGUUCUCAUCAAAACAAAGGUGGCGGCAAUUCUAAUUCUCGUUCUCGUUCAUCUGACCGUUACGAGUGUGACUGUUGCAACGAGACAUUCAGCCGUCGCGAAAAACUGUAUGAGCACAAAGCGGAAGCCCACCGCGGUGCCAUGACAGUUCGAUGCGAAGUUUGUCGGAAGUGUUUCGAAGAUGACGCUGAAUUAGCGGCGCACGAUCGCACGCAUACUGCUGAUGAGAGAGCAGGCCGCUGCUCGGAGUGCGGCAGUUCCUUCGGCCGGUACGAGCAGCUGCGCCGACACAGGGCGAGCGCGCACGCGUCGUCCGCGCCGUCGCGCUUGCCACACGUAUGCGCGCAGUGUGGCAAGCGGUUCACUCACACGCACUCCCUCACGCGGCACAUACACAACCACGCGAAGCAGCUCUACAGAUGCGUCGUGUGUAAGGCGUCGUUCACACGGGCGGAUCAGUUGGCGGAGCAUUUGAACAGUCACCUGGCUACCUACAAGCGCCUAUAACACCAUUACCUUACUAAACCCAUAUUAUGGGUGUUGCGAAUGUUGGUCCAUUAUCACAAAGAACUUGUUGUGGUACACCGCUCCUCGGAAUAAAGCAGCUCUUUAUAUUUUGUCCCUCUUACAUGAUAAGGCUAUAUCGUGCUGUCUCUCUCUCAGGCGUCAUUCACACGGGCGGAUCAGUUGGCGCAGCAUUUGAAUAGUCACCUGGCGAACUAUAAGCGCCUCAAGCAGUAGUGCGUAAGCGACAAGCCGCGUUCCAAACGCCAAAGUCUAGAAUCUACAUACUAUACAGCGCAGACUAGCUAUCGUACAGUUCGGAAACUGACUAACGCAUAUUGUCUUUUCGAUUAUUCAUCAAUCAAAUGUGUCCCUUUUGACACAUUUGACUAUCAAAGGAUGUAUUAACAAAAUUUUUAAUGAGUGACGAUUUCAUUUAGUCGUCAUCUGUCAUUAAUGGCCCAUUGCUGGGCAUAGAAGUGCGAUAAUAAUAAUGUUAUGGUAUGGCGAAUGGUUUAUAAAACAUCGCAUGUCACCUCCCUAAUAUUUGUAAAUCACAGGAAGGUGAUAUUCGAUAUUUUAUCAAAUAUUCGGAAUAUCAAUAAUAUAAUCGUUGUAUUUAUAAUUCAUAUUGAGUAAAUGCUAAUAAAAUGAUACGAUAAAUCGAUAUUGAAAUGUGAGAAAUCUUUAUUUUAUUAAUUGACAGUUGUGAUUAAAUAUAUUAACCAUUUCAAAUAUGCCAAAAGGGAUUUUGUAUAAGACAGUAUAGUUUGUGGGAUCAAGUGUGUUUUGCAAUGUUCAAAAACCAAAAAAAGUUUCUGAACUGUACGAUUGCUAUACUGUGAUAAAUAGCCUUUAGGUCGUUACUUAGAAAGUAUUUUUCUCUAUAUUAUAAUUUAAGAUAGAAAUGCACUUCCGGCCUCAUUGAAGUGACCUAACUAAGAAAUUAUGAUUAUUUAAAAAAAAAUGUAAAAUAUUUUUUUUUGUUUUGAGCUCUUUAGAUAUAUGAGAGGUUUUGAAAUAAUGGAUUUUUCACAAGGAUGUAUUUUUGAAAGGUAUAUUGGCUCAUUUAUUUGUUUCUAUUUAAAUGAUAAUGCUUUAAUUUUAUUAUUUCAUCUUUUAAGGUGUGACCUAAGUCAAGAAUUACGAUUUUUGCGUUCGAUGAUUUUUUUUAAAAAUAAUAUGUAAUCAUAACGGUUGUUUAUUUCUGCAUGUGCAGAUUUUUUUACUUAUUUUUAUUUUGGAACUAUGGACUUUACUAUUUUACACGAUUACUUUUUGAUAAGUUUAAUUAUAGCGGUUAUCUACAAUUUUUUGGUUGUAUAUCACUGAAAAACGACUCAAGACUGUAUUCAAUUGUGUCUUUGAUUAAUAUGCUUUCGGAAUGAAAGCGCCGUAACUCAAAAAUUAUGAUUUUUAAAAUUAUAUUAUAAUAAUGGAAAUCUAAUAUUUUUAUAUAUUGAGUCAUUGUUAUGAAAUAUAGGUAUUUGAACUAAAUGAAACUUCCAAUUUAAGGAGUUAGAAUUGUUUUCUGCGUCAUUUUACUCAUUGCUAGAGGUUUGAGCUCUUCCAUUAUUCACAUAAUGGCUUUUAGGCUUAAUAUUGCGAUGGGUUCCCAAAUACUUCCGCAUUAAACUCUGUACAUAUACUUAAACUAAAUUUUGUUAUAUAAUUAUGUACAAAGUUAAUAUACUAUGUCACCAUCCAUAAGUAGGUUUUCGAAAAAAAUGUAAGGGUUCCGUUUUCCCUUUUGAGGUACAGAUAACGGAACCCUAAAAAUGACGCCGGAAGGACAUUUUUUAAUGAAUCAGCCUUAGAUACAUUUUAUGAUGGAUGGUAGUUAAAACAAUAGUAGGAAAUAAAAAAGGGUAGAUCUAUGAAUGUGCCAAAAAUAUCGAUAUUUGG